GGGGGGAGAAGGAGGAAGCGGGUCCGUUCUGUCUGUGUGGGGGAGAGGGAGCGAGGGAGAGAGUGAUCGAUCGGCCGGUCCCCGCUGCGAGCCGGCGGCCAGCGUCGUCGUUGAGCGAUGGACGAGAAAGUGUUCACCAAGGAGCUGGACCAGUGGAUCGAGCAGCUGAACGACUGCAAACAGCUGACCGAGAGCCAAGUCAAGACGCUGUGCGAGAAGUCGAAAGAAAUCUUGACAAAGGAAUCAAAUGUGCAGGAGGUGCGAUGCCCUGUAACAGUUUGUGGCGAUGUCCAUGGGCAAUUUCAUGACCUCAUGGAACUUUUUAGAAUUGGAGGCAAAUCACCAGACACAAAUUAUCUUUUUAUGGGAGAUUAUGUCGAUCGAGGUUAUUAUUCAGUUGAAACAGUCACACUCCUAGUAGCUCUUAAGGUACGUUAUCGUGAACGUAUCACAAUACUUCGCGGGAAUCAUGAAAGCAGACAAAUCACACAAGUGUAUGGCUUUUAUGAUGAAUGUUUAAGAAAAUAUGGAAAUGCCAAUGUGUGGAAAUAUUUCACAGAUCUCUUUGAUUAUCUUCCGCUCACUGCCUUGGUAGAUGGCCAGAUCUUCUGUCUCCAUGGAGGUCUUUCUCCAUCCAUAGAUACACUGGAUCACAUCCGAGCGCUUGAUCGCCUUCAGGAGGUUCCACAUGAGGGACCAAUGUGUGACCUACUAUGGUCAGAUCCAGAUGACCGUGGAGGUUGGGGUAUAUCUCCCAGGGGUGCUGGUUACACCUUUGGUCAGGAUAUUUCUGAGACUUUUAACCAUGCAAAUGGCCUUACGUUGGUCUCCAGAGCACAUCAGCUGGUCAUGGAGGGUUACAAUUGGUGCCAUGAUCGCAACGUAGUAACAAUUUUCAGUGCUCCAAACUACUGUUAUCGUUGUGGUAAUCAAGCUGCAAUAAUGGAACUUGAUGACACUCUUAAAUAUUCUUUCCUGCAGUUUGAUCCAGCUCCUCGCAGAGGUGAACCACAUGUGACUCGUCGCACCCCAGAUUAUUUCCUGUAACAUCUUAUGUACAGUAUUGCCAUGAAUUAAAAGGUGGCCUGGCAGAAUUGGAAGAGCAACUGUAACUCCAAAUUACUAGCACGAAUCUCAAACAUUCGGAAACUUUCUGUCUUCACGGACCAAAUGACGUGCCAUAAUAAAUGCAAACCUCAGUCUGCAAACAUCACAUUGUUCUACUUGAGCACCUGUUCAUCAAUGCAUGCUGAUGUGUCAAAAUUAUGGGUCGAGAACCGUGGUUUGAGCCUAGUUUGUAGUUACUUUUGCUUUUUCAGAGAUAAAGAUGUAAACAUUAAAACCUGCACCUCGUGAUAAUUCAUUUAGCUAUAGCAUAUCAAGCAUGAUCUGUAGAUAAACAAUAGCAGUAAACAAUCAAUGGAGCUUAAAGGAGCAUUUUAAAAUACAACGGCCUCCAUUUGUGUGUACUGAAAUCUUGUUUCAGGGAAUAAUGUUUAAUUUAAUUUGUCUACUGUUUCCCAUGUAUUUUUCACAAUGUCCAAUUCAAAUAAGUUGUAUGGAACAAAAUUUUCCUUUUAAAGAAUCAUGGCAGGCGUCUGUGAUGUUGUUUUCCAUAAAAUUAUGAACUAAGAAUUGAAAUAUUUCAGAUUUUAAUUGUAUCAGGAUGGAAGACUUAAUGAUGCCUUUAUGUAAAAUGGUUACACUAACAUUUGAGUUUGUGUAUCAAAGGCUCCAGGUUAAAAUAAUAAAGACUGAAAAUACUCUUA